CGGGGCUAAGCGAUACCCACGUGUUGUUCCAUGGCUCAGGUGUUUGUGAGGGUCCUGGAUGAGCUCCUGGACACCAGCCAUGUGAGGUGUGACCCUGGGCUGCCACCACCUGGACCAUCACACCACCCAACCCCCCAGGACAGGGAGUCCUCCAUCACUGGCCUCCAGGGGCCUGGCUAUGUCUGCUCUGCUCUGUGUGGCCCUCAGGGGCCCCCACUGUUACUCAUUGGACCCCAUGAUUGCGGGAAGACAGCUCUCCUUUUCAUGGCCGCUGUUGUGGCUGCUGAGGAAGGUGCAGGGCCUGUGAUCUACCUGUCCAGAGACCCCCUGCAGAAACUACCUGGAGCAGGCAAGCUAGCAAGGGACCCACUCAUACUCAAGGUGCCUAUUACUGGGCUGGGGUGUGCAUGGUGAAAAGAGGAACACAUUGGGGGGACUCUCUACCCUACAAUCUUUGUAGUAUCUUUAUUGUGGUAACCCAGUUAUUGUAAACUCAACAGUUCUAAUGUCAGUCAGUUACAAACUAUAUUUGAGAAGAUUUUAAACCUGCCUUAUUCUAUUAAUCCAUAUCGUUUGCUCUGGUCAGCAACCUUUAAUUUCUGAGUAUAAAAUAAAUAUAUAUAAUACAUACAAACUUCAAGGACCAUAACCACUCCAAGGAGCUGUUUGAUAGCUUACCUUACUAGGGGCCAAUGGAUGUGCGAGACAGACCACUUGUGCACCAUAACGACUGCAGUUUGAUUUAGUGGUUAUGGUGCUUGGAGUGUGUUUUAUUUAAAAAAUAUAUUCAUUGCAUCAACUUGCUCAAGCAGAAAAAUCAAGUUAUUUGCCUCUAAUAUUAUCUUACACACAUUAAUUGUGUAAAAUCUAUAGUGUUAUCUACUAAACUCUAAAUAGCUACAAACUGCAAAAUGUAUUGAAAAAUCCCAGAAUUUGACAGUAAAUUGCAGCUGAAGUGUUUGCUCAGAUGCUCCAGCAAGUUCUAUAGGUGCAGUUUCUUUUUCCAAUACAUUUCUGUGUAUGUUAAUUGGGGAUCAUCUGAUAUUAUUUUUUCCAAAGCAAAUACCGAUUUGGUCGCCUUUUGGAGUGAUGGCUGAUAACUCGUACUGAUAUUCUGUACUUCUAAAGUUUUGAAAAACUAACAAUUGCUACUCAAAUCUGGCACCAACUGAUCCUGCUGGCCGCAAUCACACCAUCACUCUAAGGCAGCCAGUCCAUGUUGGGAUCUGUGAGAACCCAGCAUGUACAAUGCUGUUACUGAUAGGAGUUUGAUGACCGCACGCACACUCCUCUCACUGUCAGCCAGCCCAGUACAUUACAGUAGAUUAUUCACUGUCUUACUUCCCUGCCUUCAGCUGAGCUCCACAUGCGGGGACUCCCAGAAAGAGGUGACGUGAGAUUCCGAUGUGGAACUUCAUUGGGUGGCGCUAGUUUCUGGAUGCAGAAAACGGCGUGUGGUGACUGGGUGAGGCGAGUAACCGGUACUGAUUAUUGGUAAAAUGCCGACUAUCUGCUCUAAUAACCAAUAAUCAGUCUAUCUAUGUUAAUAAGAACCAUGUAAAUGUCAGAAUUCACUGAACAAGUUGGUUUAUUCUCUGAAUUCUGUAGUAAAUUGAAAUCAUAGUUGCAAAAUUCUUCAACUUGUCUAUAGUUAGUUUGGCUACAUAUUUUAUUUUUAUAUACCAUUAAGUUCAUUAACUGAAAUAAACUUUUUGAAAGCUAGAAAUGAGAAUUUGAUGACAGUUGUCUGUUUACGAAGUUCUGAUAAUCUCCUAAGGGGAUGUAGUUAGGAGCUACAUGUAUACUUACACCUGCUUCUUUAUUUUACCCAUACAUUGCCGGUUCCGGGAGUUUAUCGGACUCGGAGUCCCUUAAACGACGCUGGACAUCCUCACCUGUUGCACCUUCCCCAUAAUAAAGCAUUGAUUCACUGCCCAUAAGGUCCCCCUCUCAAAUAAUUUUGGAGGAGGGCACUAUAGUGCUAGGAAUACAAAUUCCUAGUCAUUCACACUGCGUCAUUUUGGGCUGAGCCCCAUUAAAAGGGCUCUAAUUUGCUCCUAUUAUGAUGCAAUUGGAGAUGCGUUUGCAGUAUUUAGAGAGAGAUGGAUAUAAUGCAUUCUUUGCAAUCUGUGCAUGUAGAUUACUCUAUCUCCCUGAAUUCUCCUAAAAUUCAGAGCAUGGUAAGAAAUCUCACCCAUGAGUUCAGAACUCUGGACAUAGCAAUUUGUAGGAGGAAUGAAAAUAUAUCUGGGAUUUCACAAAGGCUGGUUGGACAGAAAGAAGCAAUUUACAUAAACAAACAUAGGUAUAAUCAUACUAUUUAUGUCUGGGUAGUGCCGCUAUGUGAAAGUUUUUAUAUCUAUAUACAGGAGCUAUAGCCCCCUCUAGAGGAUGUAUUGAUUAAUAAAAUCUUUUUACGUUCCCACUUGAUUUCUCACUUAAAGGACCACUAUAGUCACCCAGACCACUUCAGCUUAAUAAAGUGGUCUGGGUACCAUGUUCUCCAGGUUUUAACCCUUCAGAUGUAAAUAUAGAAGUUUCAGAGAAACUGCUAUGUUUACAUAGCAGGGUUAAUCCAGCUUUUAGUGGCUGUCCUCCUGACAGCCGCUAGUGGCGCUUCUGCGACGCUGAAUGCGGAAAUCGCCUUCAGCGUGCAGAACGUCUAUAUGGAAGCAUUGAGAAAUGCUUUCCUAUGGGCGGUUUUAAUGUGCGCGUGGCUCUGGCCACGCAUGCGCAUACUGCUUCACUCGGGAGCUGAUGUCAGAGUGGGAGGAGAGGUCACCAGCACUGAGAGAGCCCGAUGCUGGAUUAAAGUAAGUAACUGAAGGGGAUUUAACCCCUUCAGCGCCAAGGGAGGGGGAUCCUUAGGGAGGGGGAGACCUAAGGGUUAUAUAGUGUCAGGAAAACGAGUUUGUUUUCCUGACACUAUAGUGAUCUUUUAAACAUUUAUCUUAAAGGCUCAGAACAAAUACGCUAUGAACUAUGUUGUUUUAAUGUUUAAAACACAUUCAUCAGUUUAAAAAUGUAGUCUGUAUGAAUAGUUUACUAUGGUCAAUUCAAUGUGAUGUAUUCUACUUUAGUCUAAUUAUUUAUAAUUGCCCAUGCGUGGUUGUGACAUAAUCCCUCUUUGCUUUUCUUCAUACAGCAAAUCCGCUUUCUCUACCCAAAAACACUGGAAGAGCUCCUGCAACUCCUUUCUUCCCUUCAUCUUACAUCACCCUCUCCGUACCUGCUUUUGUUGGAUGGGUUGGAGCUUUUUCUGUCUCCGGGUUGUAGCCCUACUGAUGGGGCAUUCCUUUCCGCCCUUCUUCUGGACUCUUCCACAAACCUUCGUUGCGGCCUUCUGGUGUCUGCAGUUCCCCCGUCUGAGGUAGUGGAUGGGGUGUUUAUGACUGUGGAGAGAUACUUUCCAAACCAGUGUCACCUAUCUCCAGAGGUGUCAACAGACGUGGAGCAGAAGAAGUAUAGUAUUGCCUACUUGAACAAUCUCCCAGAAAGGUUUCUGCACAUCCAUCAGGAUGGAACCCUCAGGAUCUUCGACAACCAGCCAAACAAGAUUAUAGAGCCCAAUGGACAGAAAAUAGGGGGCAGAAGAUACCACUGAAAGGGUCAUCAGAACAUUAAUGAACUAAUUUUGCUGGAUGGACCACAUUGUACCAUUUAUCUACUUCUAUUUUUUCAUUAAAAUUUAUUUUCAAUAAUUCACAUAAGAUGCAUAUAUUUUAUGUAAUGUGUAACUUUUGGGAUCUGUUUGCAGGAUACAGCAGACUACAUAUACCGAAUUAAUUCUUACUACUUCUCAUACGCAAGACCAAAAUGGUUAAACUAGAAAAUAUAUCUCAAAUCGGCUUUUCCCAGUUUAGUGAGUAACCCUGACAGUCCAUUUCAAUGCCAAUGUAUACGAUAGCAUAUAAACUACCCAGUAGCCUGUUAUUUACUAAACUAGAAAUUGUCUUGUUUCUGCCAAUGGAGAUGUAAAUAGUUGUGAAUUCCUCUAUUGUGAUAUGAAUGAGAAAAUUAAAUAGUAUUAUGACAUUUAGUCUACUGAACAGCUUUGUGUUUAAUCUUUUUU